AUGGCAUCACAAUCUCCAACAGUAUCAUCCAGCGACAAAAUCUCGGAGGAAAAGACAAGCACCACCUUGAUUGAAGAAGAGAACUUGUCGUCUUCUCAGUCAAGUUUGAUUCAUAGCGAGUCGGUGGAAUCAUCAUCAACCAUGAGUACGACUCCUCUUUUAAAUUUAUCUGAAGCUACCAUUGAUGGAAAGAAGAAACGACACAAACAAGAUCAAUCACUCUCGGCUUGGAUGUGCCGAAUGUGGUUUGGACUUGGGCUGUUGUUGGUUUGGCCGAUAGCAUGGCUCUUGACCCUUCCUAUUUAUUUGGGACAUAAAUAUUUCGGAUUGGACAAGAAGAAGACACUGCUCGGAAAGAUUUUCCGUGGAGCCACUGCUAUGGUGGUCAAAUCAAAUCCAUACUGGAAACUAAAAACCAAAUUCACUGACAAGAGCAAACUUCCAAAGUCUGAAAAGAAAAUGGUUUUUGUUUGCAAUCAUCAAUCGAAUAUGGAUCCUUUUGUGCUGAUCAGCGGACCUUUACCGAUUGAGACCAAAUGGGUGUCAAAGAGUGACUUGUUUUCAGUUCCUUUUGCGGGUCGUAUGAUGAAACAGGCUGGAGAUGUGCCAAUUGCCUUCAAGAGUAAGAAAAUGGAUGACAUGUCCACUGACAGAGAUUCAGUCAAAACCUCCAUGAACAAACUUAAAGAACAUUUGAAAAAUGAUGCUGCUGUAUUCUUCUUCCCAGAAGGCAGAAGAAACGAUACUCCUGAUGAAUUGAAGGACUGGAAAAAAGGAGCCUUUAUUAUGGCUCUUGAAACUGGAGCUGACAUUGUACCUAUUGGUUUAUAUGGAACAUUUUCAAUGUGGCCUAUUCACGAUGCUUUACCAAAACCAGGUAAAGCUUGUAUCGUCGUCGGAACUCCAAUUAGUGUCGCCGGUAUGACCUUGGAAAAAGAUGUCGACACAUUAACCGAGCAAACUAAGGUAGCGGUCAAUGAUUUAAUGUUACAAGCACGUGAAGAAUAUUUCAAGAUGUAA